GAUAUACGUUUUGGGUUCUUUAAAGGUUCGACGGCUGGAGGUAGCGAGGACGGACGGAUCGGCGUGGUCCAGGUGCGCAUUCGUCCCGCCUGCUUCUCCCAGGAUCACUGAACUUCCUGUAAAUAUGGAUUUUGCAGCAGUGAAAAACCGUCAGAGUUUGGAUGUGAUCUGUUUGAUGUCAGAAGAUGACGAGGACUUGAUUUACAUGUCGACGGAUCAGAAACCCGAUCUGAAGCAGGAGGCUCAGGUGAAGAAGCAGAUCCAGCGCCUGGACAGGCAGAUUUCCGCAAGCGAUUUGGUGAACUUCAUCAGAACUUAUUUCCAGGAUGAAGUUUACUCAGCGGAGCCUGAGGACAUCAUGGCAGCCGUCACCGACCAGCCGUACUGUGUUUACCUGUAUGUCAGUGUGGAGCUGGGCGCAGGACGCAGCGCCAGCGUCCUGCUGAUUGGAUACUUCGAUGAGCGUUCAUGCCGAAGCGUGGUGAAGCUGCUGCACACUCUACAGAUGAGCACCGACAGCGCCGACCCUCGCCAGCCGAUGGACACGGACGCCAUGGCGCGCGUCGCCGACUCGGACGCCUGGCUGCUGGUGGAGGCGCUGCGGAAGUACGAGCUGCCGCUGUCCAACCUGGCGGCGUUCUACUGCAGCACGCCGCAGCCGGGCUUGAGCCGGGUGUUUGUGUCACGGCUGCAGGCGUUCAGCCCCAAGAUGGUGUCGCUCUGCAGCAUCCCGGGGAUCGCGGAGCGCGCCUGCCGGGCCGGACUCACUGCCGCCUUCAGCCACGCCGUCGACCUCAUCACAGACGUCCACUGCCACUAUUCCAUCUGCCCGUCCAGCAACGACAGCCUGAAGGAUGUGUUCGCCGACACCGGGCCGCAAGCCCCACAGUUUCUGUUCCUGGCCCACACCGUGCAGAAGAUGGCCGCCCGGUGGCAGGACCUGCGGGAGUAUUUUAAAUCGCUAAAUGAGGCAGAAGUGUCGAUCCAGAGCCGUCUGCUGGACGACACGCUCCGGAUGCAGUUCCUGUUCCUGUCCCACGCCUUGGAGCCCCUCAGAGCGCUGAACGAGCUGCAACGGGCCAGGAUCACGGAGCUGAGCGAAGAGCUGCAGAUCACUGCCAUCCUGAUGCAGUCCUACACUGCCAGCAUCCUCCAGCCGCACGCCGUCGACCGCUUCCUCCAAGGGCGGGAGCUGGACCUGCUUCACGGCGACCAGCUGCUCCCCGUGGCCCAGGUCAACAUCGGGCCGCGCGCGUCAGACUUCAUGUGGGCCUUCGGGCCGAGCCUGGGGGAGCAGAACCUGGCCCAGUUCCUGAAGGACGCCCAGGCGUUCUACAGAGCCGCUCUUCAGAGUCUGGUGGAGAGCAUUCCCAGCCCGCUCGGAGACGUGACGCUCAGGAACAUCGGGCUGAUACUGAAAAAUCCAGAACGCAUCACAGAGAAGCAUUUUCCCUGGGAGGUGUUGUCAGUGAUGGCCGUCCAGCUGGGGAUCUGCGCCGCUGGGCCUCCAGAGGUGAAGCUGCAACGCAGCUGCUGCGAUUUCAAGAAGCUCAUCCAAGAAUGGAGCAGCAGUGGGGAAUGCAGCAGCUGGGUGAAGAUCUUGAACAAAAUGAAACCGUGGCCCACUCUGCACAAGCUGUUUCUGACCCUGCUGGCGCUGCCCAGCUCUCUGCACCAGACACAGGUGUUUGCUAAGGCCUACAAGAACCUGAAAAUCCCUCCCUACAGGGAGAAAACUCCCGUGGCCUCACCACACAUGGAGGUUUGGGGACGACAAUCGCCAAAGAUGAAACAUAACAGGAGUGUGGAUGAGAUGGACUACACAGACAAUUCCUCAGAUGUGAUUGACAUCACAGAAGAGCCCGUGAAGUCUCCGGCUGGCCAGCGGACGAAGACGACAGGUGAAGGAAUUCAUCAAGAAGAGUUUAUCUUCAUCGUGACGAGCGAUGAAGAGGAUCUGAUCUGGGAUACGACAAAAAAACUACCAGCUUGUGAAGAAAAAUCCAUUGGGGAGCUGGUUUGGGGUCAGAUCGAAGGUUUCGCCCCGUGGCCCGGCGUCAUCAUUCCGUUCAAAGACCAGGUCCAUCUUCCUCAGAAGAGGAUGGUGGAGUGGUACGGCCAGAGAAUGUGCUCUCAGGUCAGUGUCAGGUCUCUGAAGCCGUUUGCUGCGUUCGGCCAGUAUUUCUCCGCCAACUCCUUUGCAACCCUGGUCACCUACAGAGAGGCCGUCCUCUUGUCGCUGCAGGAGGCAGCGAUGCGCUGUGGGAAGAAGUUUCUCCUUUGCUAGGACAGCGAAGAGGUUCUGAAGCAGUUUCUGGACUGGGCGUUCGGAGGCUUUCAGCCGACCGGUCCGGACGGACUCAAACCUAAGCAAGGUGUUGUUAAAACAUACACCAGGCCAAAGGUGAAGAAGAAGCUUUUUGAGAAGUCCAACCCAACUCCUGCCUCCUCCACCCCGACGGAGAACAAAGUCGGCAUCGAGAUGAAACACGUAGCCAACUUGCUCAACAGACUGUCCUGCGCUUCCGGAGAUUCGCCAUCCAGCUCCAAAACCAACGGAACCAACGGAGAAACCGGACCGGGUUCUGCUGGAAAAAGGUCCAAACCUCCGACUCCCUUCGGCGGAAAGCAGGGAAAGGAAAGAUCCCAGAUGGAGAAGGACAAGUGGGACACCGAGUGGGACCAGGUGAAAAGCAAAUGGCAGAAACAGAAAGUCAGAGGACGGAGCCUGAAGAAGAGCUACAGCUGGCUGUCUGGAGAGGAUAACGACAUGUCGCCGGACUUUGUGCCACAGAGGAAGAGGAGCUACACCAAAACAUACAAUAAGGUCAACGUGACCAGCGGCGUGUACACGCAGCCGGACCAGAAACUCAGAGAGAAGACCAUCAAUCAGAUCCUGGACUUAAACCUCGAUAUCGAAGAUUUCUGUUUGUGCUGCGGAACCAAAGAAAUCCAGAUUUCCCACCCGCUCUUCAAAGGAAGCCUCUGCUUGAAGUGCAAAGAUAACUUCAUGGAGACGCUGUAUCGCUACGACGAAGACGGAUACCAGUCCUACUGCACCAUCUGCUGCUACGGCAUGGAGGUCAUUCUCUGCGGACACGACGGCUGUCACAGGUCUUUCUGCGAGGACUGUCUGAACAUCCUGGUUGGUCCAAAGACGUUUGACUCUCUGAAGGUCGUGGACCCGUGGAUCUGUUACCUGUGCCAGCCUCACCAGCAGCACGGCGCGCUGGUCCCCCGGGAGGACUGGAGGUUUCGCGUCCAGGAGAUGUUUGCCAACAACAGCGCCAUGGAGUUUGAGCCUCAUCGGGUCUACCCGUCUGUCCCCAUCAAGAUGCGCCGACCUCUGCGGGUUCUGUCGCUGUUCGACGGGAUCGGAACAGGCUAUUUGGUGCUGAAGGAUCUCGGCCUCAAGAUGGAGAGAUAUGUCGCCUCCGAGAUCUGCGAAGACUCGGUUGCCGUGGCAACCAUCAACCACGACGGAAAGAUCAUCCACGUUGGAGACGUCCGAUUCGUCUCCCACGAGCUGCUGGAGAAGUGGGGGCCGUUCGACCUGCUGAUUGGUGGAAGCCCCUGCAACGAUCUGUCCAUCGUCAACCCGCUGAGGAAAGGCCUCUACGAGGGAACCGGCCGACUGUUCUUCGAGUUUUACCGCAUCCUGCAGAUGCUGAAGCCCAGAGAGGACGACGAGCGGCCGUUCUUCUGGCUCUUCGAGAACGUCGUUUUCAUGAAUACGCACGACAAAGUCAACAUCUGCCGCUUCCUGGAGUGCAAGCCGGUUCUGGUGGACGCGGUCAAGGUGAGCCCUGCGCACAGAGCCCGAUACUUCUGGGGAAACAUUCCUGGGAUGAGCAGGCCCAUCAUCGCCUCCCAGAACGACAAGUUGAACCUGCAGGACUGUCUGGAGCUCGGCAGAGAAGCCAGGGUAACUAAAGUGAGAACGAUCACAACAAAUCCAAACUCCCUGAAGCAGGGGAAGGACGUGUCUUUGCUGCCGGUCGUGCAGAACGGGAAAGAGGACAUCCUCUGGAUCACCGAACUGGAAAAGAUCUUUGGUUUCCCCAAACAUUACACCGACGCGAGGAACAUGAACCGGCAGCAGCGGCAGAAGCUGUUGGGCAAGGCAUGGAGCGUACCGGUCAUCCGUCACCUCUUCGCCCCGCUGAAGGAGUACUUCGCCUGUGAUGAGCUUCCCCCCAUCAGCGCCUCGGCCACCAGCACCGCGCUGUCCUCGCCCAACUCCCCGGACCUGCAGCAGCUCCGGUAGAACCGGAGCUGUGUCACGGUUCUGUUUCCCGUAUGGGAACGCAGAACUACGUCGUGAACAUUGGGUGAAUGUGAAUCACUAACAGUUAUUAUCUUUACAAUAAGUCUGUUGCUUUUCUACACUGCCAUCCACUCAGUGCUCCAAAUUUUAACUAAAUAAUCUCAAUAUUUUGUGCAAUUAAUCAUUUAAUUCAGCUUCCUCUGAUAGGCAGCUGUUCUCCUCAGGAAAUCUGUAUGAAUGCAUCAGUUUAACAGUUUUUAAGACGGUUGAGAAACUUUAUGGUUGAUGAAAUGUUUCGGGGCUGAUUUGCAGAAUGUGAAUCGUGAUGCUUUUUAAAACUACUUGACUGUUUUUAUAAUACUGUAAUAUUCUUGUGUUGCUUUUUAAAAUUCUUUGUUGAUUUGUGGUUUUAGAUCUUUUCAUAUGGAGGACUGAUCCUGCCAAAAUUAGCCAAAACCUUUGGAGAAAAAGUAUGAGUUUGUAAAGUAAUUACACCAAAUAUUACAACCCAAAAAAAAUUUUUAAAUGCAAAUGAAAACUUUCCCAACUUAUCUGAUUACACAAUGCAACAUUAUAAAUAUAAAAAUAUUUUAUGACUAUAAAAAAUAAGUUGGGAAAGUUAUUUAUAUUUUUUUAAUGCGAUAUUUGACACAUUAUCAAGCCAUUUAUUUAUUUAUGUCUUUAGUGCCAAUUUUGGCAGGAUGAGUCUUCCAUACUCUGAUCGUGGUUUAAUGAAUAGAAAAAAAACAACCAUUUUAAGAUGGUAAAUCUGCAAUUAUGGAGUGAUGGACAGUUGUGGUGCAUAAAUCGACCUCAGUGUUGACCUGCGGUGCCUUAAACAAGCCGCCCGCUGCCGUUUACCUGUAGAUCCGUUUGGGUCAUAACUAGUUAUAAACUGAGCCAAACAUUAAGAAAAAUGUUUAAAUGACUUUAUUUCAACUGCUGAACCCCAAAAAAAUCUAACAAACAUCCAUUUCCUUUUUAUUUCUGUGAAUUUUAUAAUCACGGUUUGAUGCAUUUCUACCAAAAUCAUGUCGAUGCACUUUCAUUUUUUUAAGCUGGUAACUAAACCGAAUGAGAGAAAUAGGAAUAAGACGACAAAAUGCACAAGAUGUUCUGAAUAUGUUAAAACCCUCUAGACUCAACCUGUUUGUGGUUCCAGUAGAUUUAGUAAACAUCUUUUAGUUUUGUUCAGCAGGAUAAAUUUGUUAUUAAGAGUAUUUAAAUCAAUAUUGGAGCAAACGGAACAAUCACCAAGUAACAGAGGAAUCCUCCUUUUUAAUUAUGUUUCUUACUAACUACUGUAAUUUAGCUGCUUUUUGUCAUCAUGAUUCAUUUUUAAUGGAAAUUAUUGGAAAUAUUGUCA